AUGGCGCCAUCGUUACCGGCAUUUGUGGUUCGGCCAUUUACACGCUGUGCGGAUAUUGCACGCGGUACUCUAGGCAGCCUAACUUGGGAACCCGCCCUGGCCGUGGCCAAGCCAGCGAUUGACUCGGUUUUUUCCAAGAUUGAAGUCGGCACGCUGUUGCUCGUGGACAAGCCGGCAGGUACACGACAGUAUUAUGGCCAAAAGCUCAGCUCAAAGACGACCGAGCUGAAUGGCGCCGAGUAUGCGGAGAGAAGGGCCGACAGCAUCCCACGGGUGGAGAUCGUGGUGAACAGCGACGCCUUUUGGAUGCGCCUGUUCUUGUUUGCCGACAUGGGAUUUGCCGAGUCAUAUAUGCUGGGCGAGUUUGAAUGCGCCGAUCUAACAGCGUUCUUCAAGCUUUUCAUUCUGAAUAGAGAUCAGAUGAGCAAUGGAACAACCCUGUUCUCUGCACUGUCUGGGGCCAUCACUAGCAUUGCGCGCAACACGAAUACCUUGUCCAACGCGCUUCUCAACAUUCAGGCGCAUUACGAUAUUAGCAAUGACAUGUUUGCAGCUUUCCUGUCAGAUGACAUGACAUACUCGUGUCCAAUCUGGAAGCCGAGAGGACUGGCGCCCAACGAGACCCUGGAGGACGCUCAAGGGACAAAGUUGCAGCGAUUUAUCGAUGGUACGAAGAUCAAGGGAUCCGACCACGUCCUCGAGAUUGGAACUGGCUGGGGCUCGUUUGCGAUUGCAGCGGUCCGACAGACUGGGUGCCGCGUCACGAGCCUCACCCUGUCAAAGGAGCAGAAGCAGCUGGCCGAAGAGCGCAUUAGAGCCGCCGGGUUUGCCGACAAGAUUGAAGUGAAGCUGAUGGACUACCGAAAACUCCCGAUUCCCGAGAAGCCUUACGACAAGAUUGUCUCAAUUGAGAUGUUGGAGGCGGUGGGAAAAGAGUUUCUGGCGACAUACUUUUCGCACAUUAACCGACUGCUGAAGAAGGAUGGCGGUAUCGCUGCCUUUCAAUGCAUCACAAUGCCCGAAGGGAGAUAUGAGGCAUAUUCAAAAAGCGAAGAUUUCAUCAACAAGCACAUUUUCCCAGGUGGUCAUCUGCCCUGCAUUACGCAGCUACUGAAUCAUAUCAAUACCGAGUCAAACGGGACAUUGAUUGUCGAGAAAGUCGAGAACAUUGGUGGUCACUAUGCAAAAGCCUUGCGACUUUGGAAAGAAAAGUUCUUGGGGAACUUUGAGUCCAAGAUUAGGCCAGCGUUGAAGCUGGAGCACCCAGACAUGACUCAGGACGAAAUUGACGUGUUCAGGCGAAAAUGGGAGUAUUAUUUCACAUACUGCGAGGCUGGAUUCGUCACAAAAACAUUGGGCGACGUUAUUAUCACGGUUGGACGGGAGGGCGCACUGGAGUUGAUGGAAGAUGUCCCGGUAUAA